AUGUAUGUCACAGAUGAAAUGAGAACUGAAUUGAAAUGGUGGAUAGACAAUCUGUCUUCCCAGGAAAGAGUUAUAGAUCAUGGUAAUGCAGAUUUAGUGAUUGUGACUGAUGCAUCAUCCUUUGGAUGGGCAGGAAUAUGUGAGAAUCAGGAAAUAGGUGGUAGAUGGACUACUGCAGAAGCAGGGCAUCAUAUCAAUUAUUUGGAACUAUUGGCAGCCAGUUUGUCAGUCAAAGCAUUCUGCAUGCAUAAGAAAAAUAUACAUGUGCAAGUACAGUUAGAUAACACAUGUGCAGUGUCCUACAUUAGGAACAUGGGUGGUUGUAGGUCUUCAGAAUGCAAUGAAUUAGUGCACAAACUGUGGGUUUGGUGUAUGGAGAGAUCAGUAUGGUUAUCUUCUACACAUAUUCCUGGAAAAGACAAUAUUUCUGAUCAUGGAUCAAGAAAUUUCAAUGAUAAUGUCGAAUGGAAGCUCAAUGAGCAAAUCUUUGACAAUGUUACAAGUAUCUGGGGCAAACCAGAAGUAGAUAUGUUUGCAUCAAGGUUAAACUGUCAGUUGCCAAAGUAUGUUUCAUGGAAACCUGAUGCUGAAGCAUUUUUUGUGGAUGCUUUCUCCUUAGACUGGUCUAAAAUGUUUAUGUACAUUUUCUGUCCUUUCAGUUUGGUGGCACGAGCUCUACAGAAGCUGAGACAAGACCAAGGAGACUGUAUUAUGAUAGUGCCACUUUGGCCCACACAGAAUUGGUGGAACGACCUCCUAGAACUGUUGAUAGACAUUCCGUACAUAAUACCAGUGACAUCCAAGGUACUUCACAUUCCAUACACAGACAAAGUACAUCCACUGGUAGGCAAACUAAAUUUAGUUGCUUCUCGGUUAUCAGGCAAUCUUUCCAAGAUAGAAACAUUUCAGAGAGAGCUGCAGACAUUAUCAUGUCCUCGUGGAAACCUUCAACACAAAAGCAGUACUCAGUUUACAUUAAGAGAUGGUUUCAGUUCUGUAGUGAAAAACAAGUUAAUUCAGUUCAAGUUACUGUGA